GCAGGGCACCUCAUGUCUGGAUCCCGAGCAGCUCCUCCUUGGGUGGCCAUCAAGAAAAUGAGUCUCAGAGGGCAGAACAGGGAACGAGCUGUGAAUGAGAUCCUGCUCCUGAAGGACAAGAAGAACCCCAACAUUGUCAACUUUCUGGACAGCUUCCUUGUUGAUGGAGAUGUCUGGCUGGUGAUGGAAUACAUGGAUGGAGGAACUUUGCAGGACGUUGUCAGACACACACGCAUGGCUGAAGGAGAGAUGGCAGCUGUCAGUCGGGAGUGUCUGCAGGGCCUGGAUUUCCUCCAUUCCAAGCGGGUGAUCCACAGGGAUGUGAAGAGCUCCAACAUCCUCCUGGGGAUGGACGGCUCUGUCAGGCUGGCCGAUUUUGGCCUCUGCGCUCAGCUCAGCCCUGAGCAGGACCAGCGCAGCUCCAUGGUGGGCACUGCUCACUGGAUGGCCCCAGAAGUUGUGACCAGAUCUCCUUAUGGCCCCAAGGUGGACAUCUGGUCCUUCCACAUCUGGUGGCAUC